AUGAUCUGGAAUAGGCUGGCAGUGCCUAAGCACAGGGUGAUUAGCUGGUUAGCCAUCCAGGGCAGGGUAAAGACAGCAGAUGGAUUAAGUCAAAUGGACAUUACAAGUGAUACUCAAUGCAAGUUGUGCUGUGUCCACACAGAGAGCAAUCAACACCUGUUCUUUCAAUGUGUAUAUGCUCAGAGAACACUGAAGUAUGUUCUUGACUGGCUGGGAUUUAAAAGCAGGCUGGAUCAGUUGGAAAGAAGUUUGAUGAGGUUGCAUAGCAGAAGGGGGAAGUCCAAGUUUCAAAAGCAAAUUUAUGCUGCAGUAAUCACAGCUGGUGUCUACCAUGUUUGGUGGGCAAGAAAUGAGGUUCAUUGGAACAUGGUUGUGUGGAGACCAGAGAAGUUAUACAGAAGAAUUAGAGAAUGUGUAGUUAUGCGUGUGUCUAGUGUAAUGCCUAGGAAGAUAUCUAGCAAGGAUAUAGAAUGGUGGGAAGGUGUAAAGCAAAAAGUAUAUAAUGUAUAG